GCCGGACCCCGCCCCUGUCCAGAGGGCGAAGGCAGCGGUCUGCGGAGCACGCUCGCCCGCCGGGCGGUGGCUGCCGGCGAGGUCUGGCCGGUUCACGGAGCUCCAGGCUCUGGCGGGAACGGUGUUUGCUCGGUUCCUCUUCCAUCUUCCCAGACCCCAGACACAGGGAAGCCAUGAGCCUGGUGGCCUUUGAAUGCCUGCCUAGCCGAGGCCUGGAGUCCAAGCCCUGCUCACGACCACGAUCCCAGGCCUGUGUUUACCUGGAGCAGAUUCACAGCCGGGCGGCCGCGGGGGCAUCUGACAUGACCAAGUGUGACUACCUGGUGGACGCAGCCACACAGAUCCGACUGGCCUUAGAGCGUGACGUUAGUGAGGACUAUGAGGCAGCCUUCAACCACUACCAGAAUGGCGUGGAUGUGCUGCUCCGUGGUGUACACGUUGACCCCAACAAGGAGCGGCGUGAGGCAGUAAAGCUGAAAAUUACCAAGUACCUUCGGCGAGCUGAAGAGAUCUUCAACUGCCACCUGCAGCGGACGCUGGGUAGCGGAUCCAGCCCUGACACGGGGUUCAGCAGCCUGCGGCUCCGGCCCAUCCGCACACUGCGCUCUGCCCUGGAGCAGCUGAGAGGCUGCCGGGUGGUCGGGGUCAUCGACAAGGUGCAGCUGGUCCAGGAUCCAGCAACUGGAGGGACCUUCGUGGUGAAGAGCCUGCCCAGGUGCCAUGUGGCGAGCCGGGAGCGGCUGACCAUCAUCCCACAUGGGGUCCCCUACAUGACAAAGCUACUACGGUACUUCGUGAGUGAGGACUCCAUCUUCUUGCACCUGGAGCAUGUGCAAGGAGGCACCCUCUGGUCCCACCUGCGCUUCCAGGUGCACCCCCAGCAUUCUGGCCCCAGGUCUGGCUCCACUCAGAAGACGAGGGCCCAGCUCGACACCUGCCUCAGCCUCCUGACCCCAGCACGGCUCCCUCAGGGCCACACCAUUGUGCAGAACAGAAUCCCUCUGGAGCAUCCUCAGACUUCUCAGAGCCUUCCCCCAGCCACCCCAGCCAGGGAGGCCCUGUCCCUCAGGCCCCAGCGAGAGCCUGAAAGUGAAUCCAUAGCCAGGACCAGUGCUUCCUGCUCCUCGGACCUCACAAAAGCCCCAAGUGGCCCCUUGCACCUGCAAGUCAGGCGGGCUGGCCAGAGCUCGGACCCUGGGCUCCCCCAGGGGCUGCCUUGGGUUCGUGAGGGGGCCAGCCAGGUGCUGGGGGGCUGUGGCCGAGGCAGAGGUCACAGCCCCCCAGCAGUAGAAAGGUCCAGCCUGGCGUGUGGUGGGGCUGUCUGGAGCGUGAGGGAGGAGCAGGUGAAGCAGUGGGCGGCUGAGAUGCUGGUGGCACUGGAGGCCCUACAUGAGCAGGGGGUGCUGUGCCGGGACCUCAACCCCCGGAACCUGCUCCUGGACCAGGCAGGUCACAUCCGGCUCACAUAUUUUGGCCAGUGGUCAGAAGUGGAGCCACAGUGCUGCAGGGAGGCUGUGGACCACCUAUACAGUGCCCCAGAAGUGGGUGGGAUCGCUGAGCUGACGGAAGCCUGUGACUGGUGGAGCUUUGGCUCAAUACUGUAUGAACUGCUGACAGGAAUGGCACUGUCCCAGAGCCACCACUCAGGAUUCCAGGCCCACACCCAGCUCCAGCUGCCAGAGGGGCUUAGUCACCCAGCAGCCUCCCUGCUGACUGAGCUGCUGCAGUUCGAUCCUGUGAGGCGCCUGGGGGCCAGAGGAGGUGGUGUCAGCAAACUCAAGUCCCACCCCUUUUUCAGUACUAUCCAGUGGAGCAGACUGGUGGGGUAAGAGGGGCAGAGUGGGCAACGGAAAACUGCUGGCCUGGUCUGGAUCUCCUCAGCCUCCGCCUAUUACCCAGGGUUGGCCCCUCUGAUCAAUGAGCUUCAGGCCAAGAUUGUAGGGCCUUUCCUGCUCAGCUGCAUUUGGACCUCAGAAGCAAUUAUUGCCACUGCUCCAAGAGGGCCAUCCCUGGAGAAGCUACAAGGGAAGGGCAGCCAGGCUUACCCUUUCCAGCCAUGUCAACAGACACCUGUUGAGCACGUACCUAGUACCUUUAACACCGACAACAUUCAAGGGUUCACCUUUGUCACACUAGCUCUGAACUGAUCACCUGCUGAGCCUCUACCUCAAGGUUUUGUGACACAUUCACUGCCACGCUGUGCCACACUUUGGACAUCUCUGGAGACUCGUCUCAGGAUACUGAUCCACUAGCUCAGUGGACCCAAACCAGGGCUGUCCUGGCUUAAGUCAUGCAACGAGUGGCCUGCUCCCACCACAGGCUGUCCCCCAGGGACAGGGAGGCUAGGCAGCAGGGACAAAUCUGUAGAGUGGGGUCGGUAGGGGACAGGAUGAUGCAUUCUCCACUCCUGCCCAGGCCCAUCUUAUGAAUUCAGCCUUUGGAGAGCAAAAAAGGGAAGUGGGGGAGAAAGCGACAAUUUUGCCACUAAGAACAAGUUUGAAAAGAGAAUGAGCUUCCUUCCUCAGCUAGCCCACCUGUGUGGGGGAACCUGGCCUGUGGGUCCGAGAGGGGCUGAAGCAGCUAAGGCAGGUCACACCCAUUAGGAUUUCCUUCUCAGGAGUUUGAUCUCUUCACUUUUCUGCAUUUGGAUCAUGAGGAUCUACUCAAUUCACUGCCCACUGUGACUUCACCCUUUUAGAAUGAGACACCACAAAACACAUGGAACGAUUGCUUACACUUUCAAUCAGAAGCACAUUGCUUCUGGUCUCUAACGAACUGGGGUAAGUGGGUACCUCAAAGACAACUCCUCCCCAGGUCUGAGGGCUCCUUUCAGGACUCACCCUGUCACUGGGGUGUGGCAUCAAGACAAACUUCAUUACACCUCUGCCCCCAGCUCCUUCCCCGUCUCUAUCACCCCCAGGUGGAGCAGACAGGUUUGAGUCAGGCUCUGAAAGCCCAGCUCUCCCAGACUUGUGUCCUGGGGGACCGACUGUGAACAGAGGACAGGGGAAAGCACAGCCUGUGGCCAACUCCCUUUGGUCUAUGUCUUGGCUGUCCCCGGGGUUUCCCCAUCCCCCAAUAAAACCUGCUCUUCCUGU